AUGCGUGUCAAUACCUUCGUCGCGGCUCUCACGGCGCUGGCCAGCUCCCCGCUGUGUGCCGCACACCGCACUCGCCAUAGGUCCUCGGCCCUCCCAAAGCGGCCUGUCAUCAUCCCAGCUCCGUACGGCACUGGGCAGGAAUUCCCACCUUCUCCACCCCGAGACAAGGGGCGCUACUGCUACGUCGAGUCAGGAACCAACGGCACCGCCCAAGACGAUGCACCGGCGAUCUACAAGGCGUUCAAAGAUUGCAAUUCCGGAGGCACGAUUGUUCUCGACCAGACGUACCUGGUCGGGUCGCCAUUGGACCUCACCUUCCUUGAGCAUGUCGAUGUUAUCAUCACCGGAGAAAUAGCGUUCGAUGACAGUGAUGUGUACUACUGGGCGGCCAACAGCUUCAAAUAUGCUUUCCAGAACAUGAGCUCGUUUUGGAAGGUUGGUGGGGAAGAUAUCAAUAUCUACGGUGAUCUCAGCAACAACCGCUCCGUGAUUAAUGGCCGUGGCCAGGCCUACUGGGAGGAGUUAUCCAGAAACAGCACGUUGUUGCGUCCCCAGUUGUUCGUUCUCGAAGGAGGCAAGGGCGUGACUAUGUCCAAUCUUCGGAUGCGCAACUCACCAAAUUGGUUUAAUAUGAUCGCAAACUCAACGGACGUGAUUAUCAGCAACAUGGAUUUGAUCGCCAAGAGCACCGGUGGAGUCAAGAUCGCCAAUUCAGACGGCUGGGACACGUACCGCUCCGAGCGCGUUGUCAUCCAAGACUCGGUAAUCAUUAAUACGGAUGACUGCGUGUCGUUCAAGCCGAAUAGCACCAACGUAGUCAUUCAGAACCUCGACUGCACCGGUUCGCACGGUAUCAGCGUGGGCUCGCUGGGCCAGUACAAGGGCGAGACCGACAUCGUCGAGGACCUGUACAUCUACAACAUCUCCAUGGCCAACGCCAGCGACGCUGCCCGCAUCAAGGUGUGGCCGGGUGUGGAGACCGCCUUCCAGGACCUCCUGAACGGCGGUGGCGGGCUGGGCCGUGUGCGGAACGUGACGUACGAUACCUUUUACCACGACAACAAUGACCGGGCUAUCACCAUCACGCAGUGCUAUGGGCAAAAGAACCAGAGUCUGUGCAAUGAAUUCCCGGCCAACCUCACCAUUUCGGAUAUCACAAUGAGGAACUUCUGGGGUACCGUAUCAUCCAAGUAUGACCCGAAGGCCGGAAGUUUGGUGUGUAGCGCAGCGGACCGCUGUAGCAAUAUCGUAGCCGAGGACAUUGCCGUCAACGUUCCAAGUGGGGAACCACCUGUUUACGACUGCUCAAACGUUGACCCUGACUCGUUGGACUUUACCUGCGUGGACCCAGAGGGCGACCGAGACACGGGAAGCGGGUAA